UGCAAAUAUCUAUUUAACUUCUCCUGUAAAUCUCCGUUCUUAUCAACGCACAGAACUUAAAUAGUCUCUAUACGACCGGUCUCUGGUCAGCUAAUCGAACGGUAGUAUUUGUAGAUCGACCAGAUCAGAUUAGACGACCUAAAGGAAAGUAAUGGCAGUGGACAAGUAUAACCUCAAAAAUCCGUCUGUGAAGAGGAUUUUACAGGAAGUUAGAGAGAUGCAAUCGAGCCCAUCUGAUGAUUUCAUGAGCCUCCCUCUUGAGGAGAAUAUAUUUGAGUGGCAAUUCGCUAUAAGAGGACCAGGAGAGACUGAAUUUGAAGGAGGGAUUUAUCAUGGGAGGAUUCAAUUGCCUGCUGAGUAUCCAUUUAAGCCUCCUUCUUUUAUGUUGUUGACGCCAAAUGGGCGUUUCGAAACGCAGACGAAGAUAUGCUUAAGCAUAUCAAAUCAUCAUCCUGAGCAUUGGCAGCCAUCGUGGAGUGUACGAACAGCUCUACUAGCACUUAUUGCAUUCAUGCCUACCAGCCCAAAUGGUGCAUUGGGCUCACUAGACUACAAGAAAGAGGAAAGGCGUGUUUUGGCUGUUAAAUCUCGUGAAGCAGCACCAAGAUUUGGGACUCCUGAGCGUCAAAAACUCAUUGAUGAGAUUCAUCAAUACAUGGUUGGUAAGGCACCAUCUGUUCCUCAACAAAACUCAGUGCAGGGUUCUGAAGAACACCCUGGCAACAAUGAGGGGGAAGCCCAGGCGCAAGAUGCUGGAGUAGCAGCUGCUGCUGAAGAGCUUCCAAAUCCAGCAGUUGGUGAAAUUCAGGAAGAAGGUGAAAGGGUCAUCGAAGAAGUGCAUGAAGCUCCUGUUAAUGUGAACCCUAGUCCUACAGGAACCAGUGUAUCCAGAGAGAUUCCUGCUAGAGACCCAAGUGAUCAGCUACUGCAAAGGCCAGUGACCAGGGUUCAGAAACCAGCUGAUGACCGGUUGUUCACAUGGGCUGCUGUUGGACUAACCAUUGCGAUUGUGGUUCUUUUGCUGAAGAAGUUUAUGAAAUCUAGCGGAUAUGGCGCUCUCUUCAUGGAUGGAUCUUAGAAGCAGUGAUAUUUCAUUGAACGAUUUGUAGAAAAAAGAAAGACGGGGAGAAAAACCCACAGCAUUUUUAUAUCCAGAGAGCUUGUAUUUCUUAGUAUAUAUCAUGAUCUGUUUUACUUACUCCAUUGUUGUAAUUAAUAAUGUGGAGGCGCGUUACCUUUACAUUGACAAAUUUGUAAGUAUUUUAGUUAUCUUUAUUUGAUCGUUGUAAACGUCUCUAAUAAA